AUGGAAGAUGAGGAGAACCUACAGUCACAAUAUUUGAAAUAUGAAGCCGACGAAAUCGAUGCCGGAAGAUUCGAUGCCGGUGAGUACAAUGAUUUGAGCCCAACACAUUUUUCCCCAUCAGUUGCAAGUGAGUCGUUUUCACAAGUGAGCGAAAAUGAAAAUAGGUACCCAUUAGUCGAAGGUGAUGACAUCAACGCCGACGAUCUUGAGGUCGACGAGAUAGCAGCCGACGAUUUUCAUGGCAAAGAGAACGCAGGUUAUGAAGGAAUUGACAUUAUGGUGCCAAGGCCUGGAAUGAAGUUCAAAGACGAAAAUGAAAAUUUUGAAUUUUAUAAGAAGUAUGCAUACCAAGUCAGGUUUCCUUCGAGAAGGACGACGAGCCACUACUACAAGUUCUUCUUUAAAGCGAGGGUGACAGCAUGUUCGGAGAUAGGUGGAACAUGGCGUAUUAACACCGUCUAUCUCGAGCACAAUCAUAGAAUAAACCCAUCUAAAUCGAGGUUAUAUCGAUGUAAUAGCGAAAUUAGUGCUCGCAUCAGAAGACAGCUUGAAAUAAAUGACAUUGCUGGAAUUCCAUUGCACAAAGGCUUUAACUUCGCCGUAGUUGAAGCCGAUGGAUAUGACGAGAUGUCGUGCGUUGAAAAAGAUUGUAGAAAUUUUAUUGAUAAAGUGCGACGCUUAAGGCUUGGUGAGGGAGAUGCCACUGCAAUUCAAACCUUUUUCUCAAGAAUGCAAACAAGUACUCCUGGCUUCUAUUUUAGUAUAGAUUUGGAUGAAGAUUGUCGGUUGAGGAAUGUGUUUUGGGUGGAUAAUAGAUGCAGAGAAGCCUAUAAGGAAUUUGGUGAUGUGGUCACUUUUGACACCACAUACUUGACCAACAAGUACGAUAUGCCCUUCGCUCCAUUUGUUGGAACAUGGUUGGAAUGCAUGCACGGUCAAGCUCCAAAUGGAAUUAUAAUGGAUCAAGAUCGGGCUAUGCAAAAUGCAAUUGAGAUCGUCUUCCCAAACACGAGACACGGAUGGUGUUUGUGGCAUAUUUUAAAGAAGUUGCCAGAAAAGUUCGGCAAUCAUAGGCACAAAAAUUCUAGUGUUUCUAGUGUACACGGAUUGGUGUAUGAUACACAAAGUCCUCCAGAGUUUGAGGAAAAAUGGCAUACGAUGCUUGUACGUUAUGAACUGUAA